AUGAAACUACUAAAAGUGAGCCCUGAAAAAAAUAUAGAAUUUCCCUUGGUGCAUUUCCAAGCAGUGACACAAGUAGUUAAACUAGAAAAUAUAAGUGAUAGGAAAGUGGCAUUUAAAAUAAAAACUACAGCACCCAAUAAUUAUUUGGUUCGGCCAUCAUUCGGACUAAUUAACGUUAGAGAAACAAUUGAAAUUCAAAUCAUAUUACAACCGUUGUCUGAUAAAGACAAUAUUUCAAAUGAUAAAUUCCAAGUACAAUGUCUAAAUGUAGAUGAUGACACAACAGUCGACAAGCAGUUCUGGAUCACUGUUAAUAAAAAUGAAAUACAAGACCAUAAGCUAGUGGUUGUAUUGAACGAUGAAAGUUCCACAAAAGCAUCUCACUCAUAUAUGCCUUCGAAUAAUAACCCCCUCUCUGAGAUGAAUAACAAAAAUCACAAUUUAAAUUACACGGAAAAUAGCUUAAAUGCUGAUGAUGCCAAUAUGGCGGAAGGCAUAAAAGGAGGCCUGCCUGGCAUGCAGAGAAAAUAUCACGAGUUACUAAAUUACUGUGUUUUUGUGGAUAAGCAAAAAGCAGCACUGGAGAAAGAAAACGAGAAUUUAAAAAAUCAGCUUAAGGCAUAUAGCAACAAUUGCAACAAGCUUUUUGUUGACAGUAAACUCAUACCAAUACUUAUUGUUAUGCUAGCUAUAGUCACAAAAUACAUGGGAUAUUGGUAG